AUGGCCAAGCUCAGCUAUACAUUCCCACUCCUCAAAUUCACCACGGAUGUUGCUUUCCUCGGCAACAACAUCCCUCAGGCAAGAGCUGCGUACCCACCAGCAUUGAGCUUCUUUGGAUCACCCAAAGAUCUGUUCACCCUCGCUAUCGUCGACCCAGAUGCGCCGGAACGCAACAACAACAUCAUCUCACAGGUGCAGCACUUCCUUGCCUUCAACAUCCCAGGCAACACACUUGCUGGCAACCUGUCCACCCUAGGGGAUCGUCCAGCCGGGUCCUUUGGGUAUCUGGGUCCCUCACCACCCGCUGGCUGUGGAACACACCGCUACGUGAUUGCUUUAUUCAAGCAACCUGCCCAAAUUGAUCCGGCUGUCGCAGGGUUUGGUACUGCCAGGUACCCACUCUUCUUCAACAUCAAGUCCUACGCUGCUGCCAACAAGUUGCAGCUUGUGGGUGCAAAUUAUUGGCGUACAACGGCAGCACCUGCACCAUUCUGCACAUUCUUUACGGAUGCAAGUGAGACUGUCAUUGCACCGGAAUUUGCUGUUGGCUUUGGACUCGGCACUGAUCCCUCUGUAUACUCGAAGCAGCCAAACUAG